AUGUGGUAUGCGCCUCCGCUAUACGGCGGUCCUAAGCCUAAGCCUAAGCCCAAGUCCAAUCUUUUUGACCCAAGCAACCCCCGCGCCAAAGGCCAGAAAGCCCAGUAUAACACCCACAGACUCGGCAAACUCCACAAAGGGUUCCGAGCGGCGCUGCUCAGGCCUCACCUCCGAGCUCCGGGCCAACUCGUCCGUCGCUACUGUAAUCGGGGCGCAGUCCCAGUGCCAUUGCCAAUCCCAGGGCCCGACAAUGCUCAUCCGAACUAUCCACGCCAAGCCCCAUCGCCUCCCGCUCCUUCACCCCUGCUGCAGAUGCACAAGGAAGCCGCUUUCAUCGAUCAUGUGCAGAGGGUUGCAGCUGAUCAUCCCGGCGGAAUGAAUGGUAUCCGCAUUCGCAAGCUGCAGAUACAUGAGUCGCAGCGUCCAGCCGAAUAUGACGCCCGUCGGAUAUGGAGGUAUGCUGCAGUGCCACGCAUGGCGUGUCGACGGUCUGCGUUCGGAGAAAAGGGAGUCCGCUGCUGCGAUGGCGCAGAAGAAAGACAGUAUUGCGGCUUGGGUACGGCAAGGCGUGGCUAUCGUGUCUGUGUCUGA